GACCUGGUGGUCGAUACAGGGCGCUGUGGGUGGCAGAGGCAGAGCGUCGGAACGCAGUUGGAAAAACCUCGUGAUUUGACAUCAUGGCGACUGCCUCUUUGGAUAUUUUGCCGGACGAGGCCCUGCUUCACAUUCUGCUGCACGCGCAGUGGGUCGACUGCAUCGCCUUUGCUGAAGCUUCCCCACGCAUCAAGACCCUUUGGGAUAGCAGCAGCGGGUAUGCCAUGCGGUGCCAAAAACUUGAGCGCGACGGCGUGUACAUUUCAAAGUUUCUCCAUCAGGACCACACACCAAAGCAAACGUUUGAAGCUGCCUGGCCUUUGCGCCGACGUUGGCACGCCAUCCGCGGCGACGGAGAGGACAACGAAGACGACGUCGUCAUCGACAAUAACGUUGACAAUGACGACUUGAAUCCCGACAGUGCCUCACUCGAAGCAGGGAACACAGCCAAGUUUCGCAUCCGCGUAGCAGCUCGAUUUCGUCCACUGCUUCACCACCAACAAGGUGACGAUGCCUCAAAUGUAACAGCAGGCUCCGGAGCCGAGGACGACGAAAAUCAACCCGCCCACGAUGAGCGCGUCAUCGUGCCUCUCCACCAACGCUUGCGCCUCAUCCGCAAGCAUCUUAAUUGUGACCGUGCCACGGCCCAACGCACCCUUUGGGGUGCGCAACACGAUCCAUGGAGCAACGCUUUUGUGCCCAACCCAGAGGACACCGACACGACCACGGCGAGCCAACCCGCUGCCCGGGAGCCUUUGGCGGAACGCCAGUCCCCCAGCGAGCCCAAGGAUGCUGCCGUGUCUACCGACAACAAAACGGGGAUGAAGUCCUCGGUUGUACCACCCACCAACAACGUCACAACCUCUGCUGAUCGCGCGCUGGACGCAGAACCUGGAGACGAACACUCGCGCUUGCCAACAAAAAUCCGCACCGGCGUCUUGGCGGUGCGGCCGGAGCACCGAGACCUCUUGAUUUGCGCCAUGGGUGCAGGCCUGCGUCGGUUCCGAUUCGACACGGUGUUUGACGACAAGAGCACGCAGGACGCCCUCUACACCCAAGUGGGCGCCCCCGUCGUCUCGGAAUUUCUCAACGGUAUUUCAGGCACCGUGUUCGCUUUUGGACAGACAGGUUCAGUUGGCGCCUGGCAUGGUGUGGCUGCGCGCGCCGUCCUCGAAGACCAGCUGUCCGUGCCCGUGCACAAUGCCCAGGAUAUGCAGCAACAGCUCCUGGCCGCUGAGCGCAACAAGCGUCGAGCUGCCACGGCCAUGAACCAGCGCUCCUCGCGUGCCCACACGCUCACCUACCUCACCCUGGUGCAGCGCUUCAACAACAGACGCGUCCGGUCUCUGCUCUGUCUGGCCGAUCUGGGCGGCUCCGAGCAGCUGAAAAAGUCGCGCGCCACUGGCCAGCAGCUGCAAGAAGCCGUUCAAAUCAACAUGGGCCUGCUUGCCUUGAAGGAGUGCAUCGAUGCCUUGAAGCGCCGGCGUUCGCACAUUCCGUACAUGAGUUCACGACUUACAUCUCUACUGCAGCCUGCGCUCAUGGGCAAUUCGACCGUGACCGUGGUCAUCACGGGCAGCCUGGAACAGCGGCAUACCUCGGAAACGCUCAACGCGCUGCGCUUUGGCGACGUCUGCAGUCGCAUCGAGGGGGACGAGCUUGAGGUAGAAAGCGACUUUGCCGACGACGCCCUCGAGGCCCUCGACACGGAAAUCAAGCACCUGGAAGAGCGUAUCCGCACUGAAGAGCGUUGGGUCAACAAGACGGUUGUUCGACAAGAUGCAGACGGUGAAGAAGUCUUUGUCACGUCCGUCUUGGAGGGUGCCGAGGAGCUGCGCGAACGAUAUGAGCAGCUCCUCGCCACACGUCAUGAUUUGAUCGGUGUUUGAGGGAAGGAAUCUACUGAGACUUUGUACAGAGGACGCCCUUUUGAAAGGAUGUUGAGUUGAAAAAUUUUAACGUGGUGGAGUUUAGCCAUCGUGUUGAUUGUCGAUUGUCGUGGCGCAGGCGCAGCCGGCCAGAAUUGAUGAAGAGUACUCUCUCAACGUGUAAUCUGGUGCCGGGGGCAGAGCUACAUUUUUUGGCUUUUCUUCUUGUUGGUUUUAGUGCUUGCUCCAUUGGCCUUGUUUGAACGACCAUUGCGCUUCGUCGCACCUUUGCUCGUUUUACCUUGACCUGGCUUGGCAGCCUUGCCUUUCUUGUGCGACUGAUCCAGGUUCUCGUCUAAGCUUGCGUUAACGACGGCAUCCCAAUCCUUGUAUCCGUAGGUCACGCUCAUAUGCAGCUCUGUCGCUAGUGCAGAUGCGCACGCCGCGACCUUGGUUGAAGGCUCCAUGCACCAGGUGUCUCGAACGUCGAGCUUCUCUCCAGCAUCAAGUUCUGGAUCGCUGUUGGACAGCACCGCAAAGUCAAGCCAGGGUGGAUUGUCCCAGGUGGCCAUCUUGACCCGAGUGUUUUGCCAACUUGCCAUCAGGCUUGCGUCGUUGGCGCUGGUAGCCGUCGUGUCAAAGCCUGCUUCCUCGGUGGCUUUAGUUUUGAACACCAUCGUACUGCUCGGUAGCCC